AUGCCCAUGUACUCUGACGAGGAUGCCGCGGAGACGGUGCGGAUGGAGUCAUCCAAUGCCGAUGCUUGGCGAGAGGGAAACUCUUGUGCGGUGCCGCAUUCCUCCAAAAUCCGCGGGCGAACCUCACAGGCCGCUGCACCCAGCGUCAACAAAGGCGCAACAUCUACGCUGCACCAACGGCGCGGCCGCGUGAUGGGGCGCCGCUACUGGAGCAUCUGCGUGGCGCUGGUGUUGAUGACGCUCUUCCUCAGUGAGCUUCUACUAGCGCGGUGGGUGUUGAGGCCCGUUGCGCCAACAGCCUCUGUUGGCCAUGCGGGAGCAAGCCAAAGGAAGGCUGGGCAGCGAGCGGUGACGUCGUCAACGACGCGGCCACCGGCGUCCACUGAGGCUGCGGUGGACAGCAGGAAUAACGAUGCUGCGGCGACGGCAGCCAGCAAAAGAGCUGGCAUCGGCGAAGAGCUGCUGCCACCCACGACGCUGGUGCCUUGGGUCAAUGCCUCUCCGCCCGUGGCCUCACCUGACGUGGCGUCAUCAGUGCACAGGGCGGCAUCGGCACCCCUGCACGAGCAGGUGACCGACACAAACCGUUCAGCCGUCACUGAAGGCAAUGCCGCACAAACGGCAACCAACGCAGAGACUCUGAAUACACUAGUCGAAGAGUUGCUGACCUCAUCGGCCCACACGAGUGCCACCACCGGAAAUCCGUUGUCGUCGUCGCAGCACCAGCACCAGCACCAGCAGCCGACCUCUGUAACGCAUGUGUCACCACCACAACCGCCGAAACAGCAAGAUGAGGAGGACAUGCGUGAUAGCCCUGUUCCCCCUCCGCGUCCUGCGCCGUGGGCGAAAGGCGGUGGCAGUGUUCGCCUGCGUCACAUGUUCUCCAUUCUCACCGUUCUGGCAGGUGCGCCCUUGACGACGCCGAGCGUCGCGGGAGAUGCCACCAGCCGCAUCCAGGACAAGGAAGUGCGACUGCUGAAGAGGGCCGCCAUGGGCCUCUACCGGUCGGGCAUGGCACAGCACGCCAGCUUCCACGAGUGGCUCCUUGUUCACAACAAAGUGCUCGAGCUAGGGGCGCAGAAGAGUGAAGAGGCCACAGUGCGGGAGUGGUGGCGCGUAGCACGCAGCGAGCAGGAGGCAGCAGCGGCCCCCUCUCUGAGGGGGCUAACCUCUGCCUCGACAUAUCUGCCGCAUGUGCGCGUGGCGGGGCUGCCACACACAUCACUGGCCAGUCCUCUCACGACGAAGUUGGCGUUUGCGCUCUUGCACGGCGUCCGGCUUGUCGUGACGGAGUACAUCGUUCUUCACGACCUGCAGUGGACCUUGACGGGGGCGAGCGGGCUUGUCUUCGGUGGCGCAGCAGACGCGGCGGGUGCUGCGUUCAUCGGACGCGCCAACUCGGCUAACACCAACGCGUCGCCGCCCUCUUCGAGUGGCAACGUUGUCCAGAGAGAAAUCACGCUGGCUCUUCAGACGCUAUCGAAGAACGACUGCCCAGAUCUGCCAACGAUUGUGGUGGACCAGGAGCGUAGCGGCGCCACAGAGGACGUGCAUGCAUACCGCCUGCAGGUGUACGCGUCGCAGGAAUGGCGCCAGCCGGAGCGCGAGGCGGAGCUGCAAUCAAAGCUGAUCGCCUACGUGCAGAAGAUUCGGUCUCCAACUACAGCAUCCCCUUCCGUGGUGGCUUCGGUCCACAAACCCAUGUCAGACGCCCUCAUCUCAAGCGCCGCCACCGCUGGUGCUGAGGCGACUGCAGCGAGCGAGGUGCCGGUGCAGAAUGGGCUGCCCAUUGUAGCGUACAGCGCAUCCGCUCACUUUCACUGCCAACACGCGCCCCUCUACGGCACCCGCAUACUGGCUCCGCUAUGGCUCCGCCCCUCUCGCCACAAACCCAAAGCACUGUCCCACAGCACUCGCUAUGGGGCACCAGGAAGAAACGCCUCCACCCCCUCUCCACCCCUCACGACUCUCUGCGAAGCGCUCGUCAGCAGCCAGCUGGGGCUUGGUGAUGCUUACGCCGUUCAAGGGAGCACCUUCCACCGCGUCUUCUGCCAGGAGUGGCUGCAGUUCGCGCUGCUUCCGAGCCCCAAGACACCGAUACGUGGCAACACCAAGCUGGACGCAGCAUCCGAAGCCGAGGUGGCCAGCCUCAUGGCCACCCUGCGCAAGUCCCAGCCGCAGCGCGAGAGCGACGUCGAUGUGCAGCGGAUGGACAUGGCGCAAAGACUCGGCGACGGGUUGUGCACGGUGGAGUGGGUGGCACACCUGAAGGCAGCACAGCUGCACUACCGCGAGAUGGCUGAGCGGAAGCGCUGGCGUGCCGAUAAUCUGACGCGCUCAACAACCACCACGGCCACAAGCGAUAUAGCCGGACUUGCCGCCCAUUCACCCGCCUCUCCUGUGGCGCCAGCAGCCGUGCCGCGGCUCUCCCUCUCUAACGCAGCUGGGUGGUCGCCGUACUUGAACCAGUACGCGACGCUUCUCUUCUCCGAAGACACGGGGCAGCUCUCGCGAGUGGCCGGCACAUAUCUCGCGUUUCUCCCGAACGUCCACUACGCCCUCCAGCACAUCCGGCGCACGGUGGAAGACAAGCUUGCCUCUGUAUCUCUCAAGUACGCGGUAGAACGGACACGGCGCUUCACCUCCGUGAAGCAACCAACCGACCGAGAAGUUGUCUGCCUUCCCUCCCACCUCUCCCGCGUGCACCGGCACGCUGCCAUGUACAACACGCAGUGGUUCCUGAGUUAUCUAGGCUUGCGGUGCGUGCAGCACAAGAGCUCCUGCCUCGGCGGCCUCUUCGAGUCGGAGGAGCGCACCCUCCAGAACAUGGACCGCUACCUCUCGACCACUGGCAAGUGGAGUCGCGGCGAGUUCCGCGUGUGCAUGUCGGCUGGCGUGUACGUCUCAGACCCCUUGGAUGAGAUGCUGUGA